UUAAAGGGAGACUACACAGAAGCAAAAGCCUUGAUAGCAUCGAUUUCUGUGAACUCACUAACACAACAAUGGAGGAAACAGCUAUAUGGGAACAACACACAGUGACGCUUCACAGGGCUCCUGGAUUUGGAUUUGGAAUUGCAAUAUCUGGUGGAAGAGAUAACCCUCAUUUUCAGAGCGGGGAAACUUCGAUAGUAAUUUCAGAUGUGCUGAAAGGAGGACCAGCUGAAGGACAGCUACAGGAAAAUGACCGAGUUGCAAUGGUUAAUGGCGUUUCAAUGGAUAAUGUUGAACAUGCUUUUGCUGUUCAGCAACUAAGAAAAAGUGGGAAAAAUGCAAAAAUCACCAUUCGAAGGAAGAAGAAAGUUCAGAUACCAGUAAGUCGUCCUGACCCUGAGCCAAUGUCUGAUCAUGAAGAAGAUAGUUAUGAUGAGGAAGUACAUGAUCCAAGAAGUGGCCGUGGUGGUCUGGUUAACAGAAGGAGUGAGAAGAGUUGGGCAAGGGAUAGAAGUGCAAGUAGAGAGCGGAGCUUGUCUCCACGGUCAGACAGGCGGUCACUGGCCUCCAGUCAGCCUGCCAGACCCACCAAAGUCACAUUGGUGAAAUCCCGGAAAAAUGAAGAAUAUGGUCUUCGAUUGGCCAGUCAUAUAUUUGUAAAGGAAAUUUCACAAGAUAGUUUGGCAGCAAGAGAUGGCAACAUUCAAGAAGGCGAUGUUGUAUUGAAGAUAAAUGGUACUGUGACAGAAAAUAUGUCAUUGACAGAUGCAAAGACAUUGAUAGAAAGGUCUAAAGGCAAGUUAAAAAUGGUAGUUCAAAGAGAUGAACGGGCUACCUUAUUGAACGUCCCUGAUCUUUCUGACAGUAUCCACUCUGCUAAUGCCUCCGAGAGAGAUGACAUUUCAGAAAUUCAGUCACUAGCAUCAGAUCAUUCCAGCCGAUCACAUGACAGGCCUCCCCGCCGCAGCCGGUCACGAUCUCCUGACCAACGGUCAGAGCCUUCUGAUCAUUCCAGACACUCUCCACAGCAGCCCAGCAAUGGCAGUCUCCGGAGCAGAGAGGAAGAGAGAAUUUCUAAACCUGGGGCUAUCUCAACUCCUGUAAAGCAUACAGAUGAUCACACACCUAAAACAGUGGAAGAAGUUACAGUUGAAAGAAAUGAGAAACAAACACCUACUCUUCCAGAACCAAAGCCUGUGUAUGCCCAGGUUGGACAACCAGAUGUGGAUUUACCUGUCAGUCCAUCUGAUGGUGUCCUACCUAAUUCAACUCAUGAAGAUGGGAUUCUUCGGCCCAGCAUGAAAUUGGUAAAAUUCAGAAAAGGAGAUAGUGUGGGUUUACGGCUGGCUGGUGGAAAUGAUGUCGGAAUAUUUGUAGCUGGUGUUCUAGAAGAUAGCCCUGCAGCCAAAGAAGGGUUAGAGGAAGGUGAUCAAAUUCUCAGGGUAAACAAUGUAGAUUUCACAAAUAUUAUAAGAGAAGAGGCUGUGCUUUUCCUACUCGACCUUCCUAAAGGAGAAGAAGUGACCAUCUUGGCUCAGAAGAAGAAGGAUGUCUAUCGUCGCAUUGUAGAAUCAGAUGUAGGAGAUUCUUUCUAUAUUAGAACUCAUUUUGAAUAUGAAAAGGAAUCUCCCUAUGGACUUAGUUUUAACAAAGGAGAGGUGUUCCGUGUCGUGGAUACCUUGUACAAUGGAAAACUGGGCUCUUGGCUUGCUAUUCGAAUUGGCAAAAAUCAUAAGGAGGUAGAACGAGGCAUCAUUCCUAAUAAGAACAGAGCUGAGCAAUUAGCCAGUGUACAGUACACACUUCCAAAAACAGCAGGAGGAGACCGUGCUGACUUCUGGAGAUUCCGAGGUCUUCGCAGUUCCAAGAGAAAUCUUCGAAAAAGCAGAGAGGAUUUGUCAGCUCAGCCGGUUCAGACAAAGUUUCCAGCUUAUGAAAGGGUUGUUCUUCGAGAAGCUGGAUUUCUGAGGCCUGUAACCAUCUUUGGACCAAUAGCUGAUGUUGCCAGAGAAAAGCUGGCAAGAGAAGAACCAGAUAUUUACCAGAUUGCAAAAAGUGAACCACGAGAUGCUGGAACUGACCAACGUAGCUCUGGCAUUAUUCGCCUUCAUACAAUAAAGCAAAUAAUAGAUCAAGACAAGCAUGCUUUAUUAGAUGUGACGCCAAAUGCAGUUGAUCGUCUUAAUUAUGCCCAGUGGUAUCCAAUUGUUGUAUUCCUUAACCCUGAUUCUAAACAAGGUGUGAAAACAAUGAGAAUGAGGUUAUGUCCAGAAUCUCGGAAAAGUGCCAGAAAAUUAUAUGAGAGGUCUCAUAAACUUCGUAAAAAUAAUCACCAUCUUUUUACAACUACAAUUAACUUAAAUUCAAUGAAUGAUGGCUGGUAUGGUGCACUGAAAGAAGCAAUUCAGCAACAACAGAACCAGCUGGUAUGGGUUUCUGAGGGAAAGGCGGAUGGUGCUACAAGUGAUGACCUUGAUUUGCAUGAUGAUCGUCUAUCCUACCUGUCAGCCCCAGGUAGUGAAUAUUCAAUGUAUAGCACGGACAGUAGACACACUUCUGACUAUGAAGACACAGAUACAGAAGGCGGGGCCUACACUGAUCAAGAACUAGAUGAAACUCUUAAUGAUGAGGUUGGGACUCCACCGGAGUCUGCCAUUACACGGUCCUCUGAGCCUGUAAGAGAGGACUCCUCUGGAAUGCAUCAUGAAAACCAAACAUAUCCUCCUUACUCACCACAAGCGCAGCCACAACCAAUUCAUAGAAUAGACUCCCCUGGAUUUAAGACAGCCUCUCAACAGAAAGCAGAAGCCUCAUCUCCAGUCCCUUACCUUUCGCCUGAAACAAACCCAGCAUCAUCAACCUCUGCUGUUAAUCAUAAUGUAAAUUUAACUAAUGUCAGACUGGAGGAGCCUACCCCAGCUCCUUCCACCUCUUACUCACCACAAGCUGAUUCUUUAAGAACACCAAGUACUGAGGCAGCUCACAUAAUGCUAAGAGACCAAGAACCAUCAUUGUCGUCGCAUGUAGAUCCAGCAAAGGUAUACAGAAAGGAUCCAUAUCCUGAAGAAAUGUUAAGACAGAAUCAUGUUUUGAAACAGCCAGCUGUUGGUCACCCAGGGCAGAGGCCAGACAAAGAGCCUAAUCUGACCUAUGAACCCCAACUGUCAUACUUAGAGAAACAAACCAGCAGAGACCUUGAGCAGCCCACAUACAGAUAUGACUCCUCCAACUACACAGACCAGUUUUCUCGAACCUAUGACCAUCGCCUACGGUAUGAAGAUCGCAUCCCUACUUAUGAAGAACAGUGGUCAUAUUAUGAUGACAAACAACCCUACCAACCUCGGUCUUCUUUUGAUAAUCAGCACCCUCGAGACCUUGACUCCAGACAGCAUCCUGAUGAGUCCUCAGAACAAGGGUAUUUCCCACGUUUUGAAGAGCCAGCCCCUCUGUCUUAUGACAGUAGACCACGCUACGAACAGCCACCUAGAACCUCCACCCUACGCCAUGAAGAGCAACCAACUUCUGGGUAUGAUAUGCAUAGUAGAUACAGACCCGAAGCACAGCCCUAUCCUUCAGCAGGUCCUAAGACAUCUGAGCCGAAGCAGUAUUUUGACCAAUAUACACGAAGUUAUGAGCAAGUACCAUCACAGGGACUUACCUCUAAAGCGGGUCAUUAUGAGCCUCUGCAUAGUGCUGCAGUUGUCCCUCCUCUGAUAUCUUCUUCUCAACAUAAGCCCGAAGUUCUGCCUUCAAAUACCAAACCACUGCCUCCACCCCCAGCCGUAACUGAAGAAGAGGAAGAUCCAGCAAUGAAACCGCAGUCUGUGCUCACCAGAGUUAAAAUGUUUGAAAACAAAAGAUCUGCAUCAUUGGAGAAUAAAAAGGAUGUGAAUGACACUGCCAGUUUUAAGCCUCCAGAGGUAACACCUAAACCUCCAAGUGCUCCCAUCAUUGGUCCUAAACCCACUCCUCAGAGUCAAUUCAGUGAACAUGACAAAACUCUAUAUAGAAUCCCAGAACCUCAAAAACCUCAACAAAAGCCACCUGAAGAUAUUGUUCGUUCAAAUCAUUAUGAUCCUGAGGAAGAUGAAGAAUAUUAUCGAAAACAGCUCUCAUACUUUGACCGAAGAAGUUUUGAGAACAAGCCUCCUGCACACAUUUCUGCCAGCCAUCUUUCAGAGCCUGCCAAGCCAAUUCAGUCUCAGAAUCAACCAAAUUUUUCUAAUUAUUCUUCAAAGGGGAAGCCUCCUGAAGCUGAUGCUCUGGAUAGAUCUUUUGCUGAGAAACGCUAUGACCCAAUCCAGGCCACUCCCCCUCCUCCUCCAUUGCCCUCUCAGUACAUCCAGCCAUCUCAGCCUGUCACCAGCUCUUCUCUCCACAUGCAUUCUAAGGGAGGACAUGGUGAAGGUAAUUCAGUAUCAUUGGAUUUUGAGAGUUCUUUAGUGUCCAAACCAGACCCACCUCCAUCUCAAAAUAAGCCACCAACUUUCAGACCAACAAACCGAGAAGAUACUGCUCAGCCUACUUUCUAUUCCCAGAAAAGUUUCCCAGAUAAAGCUCCAAUUAAUGGUGCUGAACAGACUCAAAAAUCGGUCACCGCAGCAUACAAUCGAUUCACACCAAAACCAUAUACAAGUUCUGCUCGACCAUUUGAACGCAAGUUUGAAAGUCCUAAAUUCAAUCACAAUCUUCUGCCAAGUGAAACUGCACAUAAACCUGACCUGUCUUCAAAAGCCCCCACUUCUCCAAAAACUCUUAUGAAAGCACACAGUUCAGCACAGCCUCCUGAGUUUGACAGUGGAGUUGAAACUUACUCCAUCCAUGCAGAUAAGCCUAAAUAUCAAGUUAAUAACAUCAGCACAGUGCCUAAAGCUAUUCCUGUGAGUCCUUCAGCUGUGGAAGAGGAUGAAGACGAGGAUGGUCAUACUGUGGUGGCCACAGCCCGAGGCAUAUUUAACAGCAAUGGUGGGGUAUUGAGUUCCAUAGAAACUGGCGUUAGUAUAAUUAUCCCACAAGGAGCUAUUCCUGAAGGAAUUGAGCAGGAAAUCUAUUUCAAGGUUUGCCGAGACAACAGCAUCCUCCCACCUUUAGAUAAAGAGAAAGGUGAAACACUACUGAGUCCUUUAGUGAUGUGUGGGCCCCAUGGCCUCAAGUUCCUGAAGCCUGUGGAGCUGCGCUUACCACACUGUGCGUCUAUGACUCCUGACGGUGAUCCUAAAACCUGGCAAAACAAGUGUCUUCCUGGAGACCCAAAUUAUCUUGUUGGAGCAAACUGUGUUUCUGUCCUGAUUGACCACUUUUAAUUCUUAAAAUAUACAAACUUGAUUAAAUAAUGUGAAACUGGGUUAAACUUACUAAAUCUAAAUGGAACCACUCUUGUCAAGUAUUAUACUUUUCUUGGAAUUGAUACUACAAUUUGUUAGUAUUAAGUAUUUGCUUGAACUGAUGAACAUUAGUGAGCAUGCCCCUGAACCAUGGUCAGAAAACAUGCUACAUACUGCGUGUUUGUGAUUGAGGAACUAUUGGUAUUGGCUAGAUGUUCAAAGAUAUUUUGCUUGUAAUUUUUGUACUUUUUUAUGGUCACUGCUUAACUUCAUAUAUUGAUUUCCGUUAAAUACCAGCCAGUAAAUGGGGGUGCAUUUGAGUUCUGUUCUUUCCCCAAAGUACACUCUUUGAAACUUUAUUAUUUUAUUAUGCAUGAGGUAAUAUGCACACAUUUUAAAAAUGCACCUGGAAUAUAUAACCAGUGUAGUGGAUUUGUGCAGCAGUGUGCAGCAGGGGAAUUUAUAUCUUGGGGUGGGGUGGGGGGGUCAAGUGAAGACAAUUGCUUACUGUAUAUGGAAACACAUUUUUCUUAUGGAAGGACACCAAAGCAUGUGAGACUGGUUCCAUGACCUCUCUGGAUCUAUAAAUUAACCAUAUCACCACAGACAUACUAACCAGCAGGAAUGCCUUACCCUCAUGUUUUUAAUUCUUAGCUCAUUCUCGCUGUGUAUUACUAAGUUUUUAUGGCUUUGUGCACAUCUAGAUACUGUAUCAUGAAAAAGAUUGAGUAAAUUGUGGAUUUGGUGGUUUCAGAAAUCUAUAAUCACCCAGAAGAAAAUAAUGGUGUGAUUCUGGGGGUUUUGUUUUUGUUUUUGAACAAGGGGCAGUGGUUUUGUUCUUUUUGGCUAUGCACUUGAAAAUUUUGAUGUUUUAAGUAAGGAUGCUUGUACAUAAUGCGUGCAUACCACUUUUGUUCUUGGUUUGUAAAUUAACUUUUAUAAACUUUACCUUUUUUAUACAUAAACAAAACCAAGUUUCUAAAAGCUACCUUUGUAUUCUCUCCUGUACCUCUUGAGCCUUGAACUUUGACCUCUGCAGCAAUAAAGCAGCGUUUAUAUGACACACACAAGGUCAUUUUUUUAAAGAAAAAGAAUGCACAGAGUUGUUACAUUUUUAAGUGCUGCAUUUAAAAGAUACAGUUACUCAGAAUUCUCUAGUUUGAUUAAAUUCUUGCAAAGUAUCCCUACUGUAAUUUGUGAUACAAUACUGUGCCCUAAAGUGUAUUUUUUUACUAAUAGACAAUUUAUUAUGGCACAUCAGCACGAUUUCUGUUUAGAUAAUACACCACUACAUUCUGUUAAUCAUUAGGUGUGACAGUUUCUUUUUGUGGCUAUUAAAAACCUCAAAUUUCUAAAUCUGCAAAAUAAAACUUUUUAAAAUAAAA